UUGGCUGCCGGCUGCGUCUCCAUAUCGACGGCUACUCGGAGUGCUAUGACUUCUGGGUAAACGCUGACUCAGCAGACAUCCGGCCGGCCGGAUGGUGUACAGAACACAAACACAAGCUCCACCCACCCAGAGGUGAGCUCAGGUAGCCACGCCCCCCACAGGUAACACAGGGCUCAGGUGACCUCAUCCACCCGCCUGUCUGUCUGUCUGUCUGUCUGCCUGCAGGUCACAGUGAGACAGACUUUGACUGGCAGCGUUAUCUUCAGUCCACAGGCUCUCAUGCUGCUCUGCCCACCCUGUUCACCUGUCUCACUGCAGUCAGUAUACACCUGUCUGUCUGUUCGUCUGUCUGUCUGUCCACCUGUCUGUCUGUCCACCAGUCUGUCUGUCCACCUGUCUGUCUGUCCACCUGUCUGUCUGUCCACCUGUCUGUCUGUCUGUCCACCUGUCUGUCUGUCCACCAGUCUGUCUGUCUGUCCACCUGUCUGUCUGUCUGUCCACCUGUCUGUCUGUCCACCAGUCUGUCUGUCCACCAGUCUGUCUGUCUGUCCACCUGUCUGUCUGUCCACCUGUCUGUCUGUCUGUCUGUCUGUCCACCUGUCUGUCUGUCCACCUGUCUGUCUGUCUGUUCGUCUGUCUGUCUGUCCACCUGUCUGUCUGUCUGUUCGUCUGUCUGUCUGUCCACCUGUGUGUCUGUCCACCAGUCUGUCUGUCUGUCCACCUGUCUGUCUGUCCACCUGUCUGUCUGUCUGUCCACCAGUCUGUCUGUCUGUCCACCUGUCUGUCUGUCCACCUGUCUGUCUGUCUGUCCACCUGUCUGUCUGUCCACCUGUCUGUCCACCUGUCUGUCUGUCCACCUGUCUCACUGCCAACAGUUUACACCUGUCUGUCUCUCAGGGCUGUGGGUUCCGUGUGGGGAUGAAGCUGGAGGCGGUCGACAGGAAGAACCCGGGACUCGUCUGUGUCGCUUCUGUUGCUGAUGUCAUCGAAGACCGCUUCCUGGUUCACUUUGACAACUGGGACGACACGUACGACUACUGGUGUGACAGCAGCAGUCCUUAUAUCCAUCCUGUGGGCUGGUGUGAAGAGCAGGGACGACCGCUGACCGCCCCACAGGGUCACCCGAACCCAGAGGGCUUUGUGUGGGAGGAGUACCUGCAGGAGACUGGUUCCACUGCUGCUCCCAGUUCAGCCUUCACACUGAGAGAGCCACACGGUUUCCAGGUGAACCACCGGCUGGAGGCGGUGGACAGGAGGAACCCCAUGUUGGUCCGCGUCGCAACGAUUACCGACAGAGAAGACUACAGGGUGAAGGUGCAUUAUGACGGCUGGUCCACGCAGUUUGACAUCUGGUGUGACAGCGACCUCCCCGACCUGCAUCCUGUAGGGUGGUGUCAACGCUCAGGACACCCGCUGGAACCGCCCCCAGGUAGACAGACAGGUUCGUCCCCUCUGUCCUCUCCGUCUCAGGGAGUCUGUCCCACUGCAGGCUGUAGAGGAGUCGGACACAUCAAAGGAGCCAAAUACACCGGACACCACAGUGCCUUCGGCUGCCCGUAUUCAGACAUUAACAUGCGUAAGGAGGUGGUGCUUCCUGAUAGGCUGGGAGGAGAACGAGUCGUCACCCUCGUACCUGUCGCCAUGCAUUACCACGGCAACCAGUCAGACAGAAGAGGUGUUGAGGUGAAGAUGGAGCCCCAAGACCAGACACUGCUGCUUCCUCUGGGAAAGAGAAGAAGACUGACCGACAGACUGUCCCAGCCAACCAAAUUCCUGUGUGUGAAGCAGGAGGACGAAGAGCUUCCUGUCAGAGCUCUGGGCCCAGAGCCCGGUCUGCAGGCCGCCCUCCACCAGUCUGUCUUUCUGUCGGCCCUGUCUGCCCAGCCUGGCAGGGACCUGUCUCUCUGCUGGGAGCAGCACCGUAAGCUGCUGCCGGCCGUUGCAGGAGUCCACGCCCACAGCGUGCAGCACUGGAGCGUCCAGCAGGUGUCAGAUUUUAUCGAGUCUCUCCCCGGCUGUGAGGAACAGGCCAAACAGUUCAGAGACGAGCAAAUCGAUGGGCGGGCCUUCCUCCUGCUCACCCAACGCGACAUCGUCAGGAUCAUGUCUAUCAAGCUUGGUCCUGCCCUCAAGAUUUACAACUCCAUCCUGAUGUUCAAACACGCCAAGGAUGGGAGCCAAUCACACGGCGAGGAUGGGAGCCAAUCACACGGCGAGGACGGGAGCCAAUCACACGGCGAGGACGGGAGCCAAUCACACGGCGAGGACGGGAGCCAAUCACACGGCGAGGACGGGAGCCAAUCACACGGCGAGGACGGGAACCAGUCACAUGGGAAGGACACCUGACACCUGCAACUAGUGACUACGCACUGUUAGCCCCGCCCCCACGCCAUUCAAACACUCGUCCUUCGUUUUCCACCCAAAGACCAAUCAGAACAAUGUUUGUGUUGUCACAACCACUCUCAGGUGUCAGUCAGGUGAUGUCACUUUACAGUCUACUACUUUACCUGUAACACCUGAGUUCCAUUUCAGGCUGUGCUUCUUCUGAGGGGGCGGAGCUUCGUCCAGGUGAGUCCUUCAGAGAGCUGUGAUGAUGCACUCAGACUGAACAGGUCAGCCCGCUGGAUGGGGGCGGUGCCUGAUGACGAUGACACGCUAAUGACACGUCAGCGUGAAGAGAGGCAGGAGAUGAUGUCACACUGGCCCCGCCCCAUCAGUGAUGACUCAGGACUACCUUUCAGGCUCCUUGGCUGAUGACGUGUCAGUCAGUGGAAUCAGGGUUGGUGGGCGGAGCUUUAAUUACAGAGUUUAUAUUUAUAAUUUGGUUCUAUUGUUCUCUACUGUGUCUCUAGAGUUCUAUUUUAAAGUUUAUACAGUAAUAGAGAUUGUAUUUCCUCUGUCCUGCUGACUCCUCCCCCUCUGUGAUGUCACAGCAGGCUCAGGACCAGUGUUAAACAGCAGGGGGCACACAUCUAGUUUCUCAGGUUUCCACGGUAACAGCUGAUGUCCUAAUGUUUUCUAUUUGCCUUUCCUGUUUCUAUCAGUGUUUGAUGACAUCAAUAAAGUGUCUGUCCUGA